GCCUAUCUACUUGAAAAGGAUAGUUUACUAUGGCAUCACCCAAUGACUCUUGAAUGACGCAGCUGCUGCCACCAGCCAAAUAACUGUCAUCAGUAUGCUGAAGAACAUUUUUCCAGCUGCGUACAUGUGCACAUAGUAGAAGAAAAGGCAGAGGAAGAUAUAGUACAGGAAAAGAAAUGCAGCGAUCGGUGGGCGCCCUCUCCCUCUAUAUGACUUCAAGGUCAAAAUGGUUUCAGCUUGCUUUGAACUCCUCUGGCUCUGCCUUAACUUCUAUACUGAACUCUUCAAGGAAGUCUAGGACAAGAGCGGAGGUCGGUUUGAAUGCUCAACCUGGAAUGAUCAGAGCUUGGUUAGCAAAUUCCAGUUAUAGUACGAUGGUUCAGUAUGACAAUAAAGAUACAUGCCAGCAGUCAGGGAGUGAUACUGGAGGUGUACGCAAGCAUCAAAUUGGGGAGAAUGUCUCAAGGAAGGACAAAAUAAACUUUCUUGUUAAUACACUUUCUGACCUCAAGGAAUCUAAAGAAGCUGUUUAUGGUGCACUUGAUGCUUGGGUUGCAUGGGAGCAGAAUUUUCCUAUAGCAUCCUUGAAGCAGGCAUUAUUUGCUCUUGAGAAGGAGCAACAGUGGCAUAGAGUUGUUCAGGUUAUAAAAUGGAUUUUAAGCAAGGGGCAAGGGACUACAAUGGGAACGUAUGGGCAACUAAUAUGUGCGCUAGAUAUGGACCACAGAGCAGAAGAAGCACAUAAGUUUUGGGUAAAGAAAAUUGGUAAUGACCUGCAUUCAGUGCCUUGGCAGUUAUGCAAACUUAUGAUUUCUCUAUAUUAUCGAAACAAUAUGCUGGAGAGACUUGUAAAGCUCUUCAAGGGCCUUGAAGCAUUUGACCGGAAACCUCCAGAGAAAUCAAUUGUGCAAAAAGUGGCAGAUGCAUAUGAGUUGCUGGGUUUACCAGAAGAAAAAAAGAGAAUAUUGGAGAAAUACAACCACCUAUUCACUGAUACAUGGAGGGGGCAACCCAAAAAAUCUAGAAAGAACUCUCAGAAGAAUAAGGAGAAACCAGAGAAGAUCAAGCCGACUGGGACUGCAGACAACUUGACUAGUGCUAUUGAUGACAUGCAGAAAGUUGAGUGAACAGGACCGGGUUAAGAUAACAGGAAGAAAAGGAGUGCCUCUGAGAUACGUUCCUGGCGUUUAGUUUUACUUGUAUAUUAUUCUCUUAUUUGGAGCCAGGAUUGGCUAUCAUGUAUUUCAAGUCUUGAUGUAUGGGAACCCUAUCGAUUCUUUUAAUACACUGCAAGAUAUUUAGGUAAAGUUCAUAAAGUUUUGUUUAUGGAAUUUA